CCGGCCCCGGGCGAGCGGCUCCCAGAGCGGCGGCUGCCCCGGCUGCUCACCAUGCCAGCCAAGCAGCAGCGCUUCCAGGAGCCCGAGGUCGGCUGCUGCGGAAAAUACUUCCUGUUCGGUUUCAGCAUUGUCUUCUGGCUGCUGGGGGCUGUGCUGCUGAUUAUAGGCCUGUGGGCCUGGGGAGAGAAGGGUGUGCUUUCCAACAUCUCCUCGCUCACCCACCUGAGUGGCCUGGAUCCCGUGUGGUUCUUCGUGGUGGUUGGAGGUAUGUCCUUGUUGGGCUUUGCAGGCUGCAUCGGAGCCCUUCGGGAAAACACCUUCUUACUCAAGUUUUUUUCAGUGUUCCUCGGCCUCAUCUUCUUUCUGGAGCUGGCCACAGGAAUCCUUGCCUUUGUCUUCAAGGACUGGAUUAGAGAUCAGCUCAAGAUAUUCAUCAACAACAACAUCAAGACCUAUCGGGAUGAUAUUGACCUGCAAAACCUCAGCGACUUUGCUCAGGAAUAUUGGUCAUGCUGCGGAGCCCGAGGGCCCGGUGACUGCACUGACUGGAACCCCAGCCGUGAGCGCUGUGGGGUGCCCUUCUGCUGUGUCAAGGAUGCUGCGGAGGAUGUUCUCAAUACCCAGUGUGGCUAUGAUGUCCGGCUCAAAUUGGAACUGGAGCAACAGAGCUACACCCACACGAAAGGCCGUGUGGGCCAGUUUGAAAAGUGGCUCCAGGACAACCUUGUGGUGGUGGCCGUCUUCGUGGGCAUCGCCAUGCUCCAGAUCUUUGGCAUUUGUCUGGCCCAGAAUCUCGUGAGUGACAUCAAUGCAGGGAAAGCCAAUUGGUGAGGGCAGAGAGGGUCACUCUGAGCCAGUAGCAUCCAAGCCUCAGAGGGUGGGCAGCCCUGGCCAGGGCCACAGUCAGCUGUGCGGAUGAACUCCGGGGGUGACUU